AUGUCGUGUUUCGAGCCUGCCGUAGUUGUUGUCGUAACUCGUCAUAAUGCCGAUUUCGAGACGAAGAGCAUGCCCACUGCCUUCGUUCCCGGUGGUGACCUGACAGCUGAUUCUCACAGAUGGGAUUAUCGAUUGCAUGGAAUUCUAUUACAAAAUCCUGGUUUAAUUGAUACUUAUUAUGACAUACCUCGACCACUUUCCUUGGAGCCAUCCUCUUCCGCUUAUGCUUCUUGUAACCAAACUGGUGGCGAUGUCUUUGUCCUAUCGGAUCUUCGUGCCAUUCCUCAAUGUGUUGAAGCCGUUGGGACAAAGUGUCAGCCCGGUGUUGUCGUAGACUUAGUUGAAGUAUCAAACCCAAAAGAAACUUUGGUCAUCAAACAGUUGAUCCAUGUCAAGUUAGUCGGCAGAGUUGGCUCAUCGUGGCCCAUCCCCGAAAAUUUUUGGCCUACUGAGGAACUUUUGCUGUCUAAACUGCCAACCCGCCCAUCCAAUCCAAUUAUCCACGCAUCUCUCUCGACGGAUGCUCCGCCCAAGUUUUUGGAUUGUUUCCCGAUUGACAGAUACGAAUUAGAACCGUCACCGUUUACACAGAAACUCAUUGAUCACGGAGACGCUUCGGCUGUCUGGUCUUGUGUUGUACCUGGGAGCGGUCCGAAUUGUGAUGCUCCAUUUGGUUACUGCAAGGCCUCGCCAGAUCUUCAGGCGGUGUUUUUGUAUGUCUUACCGUACAACUAUCGAGAGUUAUCGGACCUAUUGAAUGAAUUGCAUGAGGUGAACAGUAUGCGCAUGACAGAUGCCUGGGCGGCCAAACUUACGAAUUACCUGUCCAACAUACCGCGGUAUUACUACAUGCCGAUUUCUAAAGCUUUUGAGCGGUUGGGCUUCCAAGGUGUUAUAAAGCCCGAAGCUUUAGAUCGAAUGCUUCCGUACCAACUUAAAAAUCACUUGCAGAAACUUCGACAUUCUGCGAAAAUUGAGUACGACCGGUUUGUGCAUGUUGUGUCAUCUACGGAACCGCCUCCUCUCGUCAAGUUGCCUCAGAGUUCGCUUCCUGUUUCGAUGCGUCCCUUCUCGGAAUUAAGGGCUUUUGGUACCGUAGCAAAGCCUUCUGGUAAAUUUCUAUACGAAACUCCGGGCAGUAUUCCAAGACGAAAAUUACGGAAGAUGUUACCUAAACUCCGGAGAAAUCUAGUCGCCAUACUGGAUGGAGUUAGUCGUCCAAUGGACCACGAGGCCAUUCAUAAUCAGGCUCUCAGUGACAUGGGUGACUACAUCAAUUAUAAAUUCGCUCAGCCACAGGCUGCUCCAUUGCGUGAACUUACUCCAAGCCCUGAACGCUUGGAUACAUUUGGAAAUCCUUUCCGUCGGAAAACUGCAGCCACAUUUGUGGCUGACGAGGUUUUCGUCGAGGAUGUGGCGUUUUCUGGUCCUGCGUUUCCUGGUUCCUCGUCCUCUUCGAUGCGACGAAGAUCUACUGGCGGCCUAAGUGGAAGAGUGAAAGGUCCUCUUCCUCCCUAUAUAACAUUUUCUAACUGGCGGAGGCUAUCGAGGGGUAACAGCACGGCAAGCUCUUCCCCACAACGUGAUGAUUUCAGUUCGUGUUCUUCUCCAAUUCACAAUGGUGAACUAAACCACGUAACACCGCCUACCUGUCAUUCCCCGCCAACAAAUGAUGUCUGGAGGGGUAAUGCAGACAACAAAAGGUUGAGGCUUUCCUCUGAGGACAAAAAUUCGUUUGAAGUCAACAACAUACUCGUUGGCAAGCUUAUUGAAAUGGUGCGAAAGCCAGCGUUAGAUGGAUGCAAAGUUUUCGAUACUCUCACACGAUUUGUCGGCAGCUUCCAGCAGAAGUACGCCUCGGUCUCAUUUGUCAUGGCCGAAGCAUUGCGGUUCAAACAGGUGGAACUGUACAGGUUGCUCGAUGAGUGGCGUUCUUGCCUUGACUUGCCGUCGGAAUCUGUGGUGGUGCAUAAUAACGACUCAUCGGCUGGGCGCUGCCCCACUGUCCGCAAGCGUGCUCAGAGCCUUAAGAGCGCCAAUGUUGUCACGAUUGAGUCGAGCGGUGAUAUUUUGUAUGUUCACCAAAACGAAAUGGCCAUGGUCAAGUAUGGGGCGGAUACUCGCUCGACUAGUUCCGGUUGUCGGAUAAACCCUCCUAUACCUCGCUUUGUGGGAACCUCGGAAAUGACCUCCUGCCACGCGGUUUUAAUAACCUCUUCCGCCGGUUUUGUAUUCGGACAUCUCGAUGGGAGUUGUGAUGGUCGGUUGACCGAGGAUUUUUUCGAGAAAGCCAAUCGCUUUUUUGAUGAUAAUCCAUCCACAAAGUUGGAUGAAUGCCCUCAGGUGCACGUCGUUGGAGGCUUCGUAGAUUCUAAUGACCUGUCGAAGGUGCUGACGCUCCAGAUACUCAUGGAAUUGCUCGUCUCCCGAUUAACAUUCAGUCUGAAUACUCUGUGUUCUUACAUUCUCAAUGACCACGUCACGAUGAGAUCAAAGAAACAACUUCAUACCCCAGUCGUUCGGGGCGUGGUCUUUGAUACUCAUCUAGCUUCACUCUUCCCAGCUUUUAUUUUGCCCAAAGCUACAGGACCCGUGAGUGUUCUUCGGUCUUCAUACUCUUGGUCGACUUCGGCUAGAUGUGGCAUGCAUAAUAUUUUUGACCCGAUCUCACACUUUCUUGUCCUAAAGCCGUUUGUUUUCGACGAAAAAACUUUGAAAUUGGCUUCGUACAUUAAAAAAUUGCCUCGCGAGCACCUGCAACACUUCUCUACCACCCCGAAACAAGAGACUGACAAUUUCUACAAGAUGCUGCGGCACACCAUCCGUCUUCUCAACAGCAUAGCCAUUGAAGGGGUUGAUUUCUUUUUUGGCAAGAACCUGACAUUUGCUUUUGACGAGAAUUCUAAGUGCUGGUACCCUAUGGACUCAUUUGCAGAAUGCGCACUGAAGCAUCCACUAACCUGCCUUGAAUGA